UCACGAUGGUUGUUUGCGUUCGCAGAAUCGAGCGGUAGAUGCAUCACGGGAUUUCCUAUUAAACUUCGACUCUGGCUUUUAGCGCUGAUCAUAACAAACAGUACAGGACAUAAUUAAUACCUUAAAACUUUGCACGAAGAUCGAAAAAUAUAUGUUGUGCUAUGUUAUAGAAUACUCGGGUAUAGAUAAAUAGCGCGUUUCUUGUGACAUUGUUCCCCACCCCAAAAGUGGGCUUUGUCUGUGUCAUUACCAUCUUUGGUAGACUAUUUCAGUAUUCAGGUAUUUGAACAUAACUGUUGAAAAUUGAGCUAAAAUAUUUAGCGAAUCCUGGUUUUAUUCUAAAAAAAAGGAAUACAAUUAGUUAUUUUACAGAUUUAAAUAUUAUGUUUACAAAACAGUUUUGUAGGCAUGGAUACUGCGAAACCUGUUAAUAUGUCAUCCAAAUCCGUCCGCUGCAAUGAAGUGUGGCCACCCAAAUAUGCAAUAAUUGAAAAUGGUUUGGACUUGAAUACAUUAACAAAACAGCCUAUUGUGAAAACUGUGGAAUUUACAGAACCACAUUCACACGUGUUCCAUGGAUAUUCAGGAAUAUUUAAGGAAGAAACUCAAAACCAAUCAAUAAACUUUCAUGUUCCGAAUAAUGUCGAUUUUGAGAUCAGUCCAAAAACACAUCUGGAAUAUGCAAAAAGUAUUGUUAAAGAACAUGAGCUUCCAAAAUUGAAUAAAGAUGAAAAUCGUCUCAAGCACCUCUUUGCUGGAGGAAUUGCUGGCUGCGUAGCAUCCAUAGUGACAUGUCCGUUAGAUGUCAUCAAGACCCGUCAACAAUCAUCUGGUAAUGCACAAGGUGUCUCAGUUUUACAAACAAAAACAUUUCUGCCAAAAGUGUCAAAUUAUGGUUUUCACAAAAACUCUCCAUUUGCUCACGGAAGGAUAUUUCGAGCAAGGCGAAUGCAGAUGAGCCAAGCGACAUCAAUACCCAAUUCCGGAACGUUUUUGAAAACUUUUAUUGAAAGAAACCUAAAGAGUUCAGGCAAUUCAUCCAUUUUACAACAUUAUAGGCACAUCAUGAAUAUGGAAGGACCAAGAGCUCUUUAUAAAGGUUUAGGAACCACUCUGGUUGGUGUUGUGCCAUCAAGAGCCAUUUAUUUCUAUGCAUACUCAAAUUCCAAAAACUUCUACACAAGGAAUUUUGGUCUGGACAAAGAUUCAUCCUCACUUCAUUUAGUAUCAGCUGGAUCAGCAGGUAUCUGCUGUACCACUGCAACUUCACCCCUUUGGGUAAUAAAGACUAAAUUACAACUUCACAGGAGUGUACAAAGCAAUAUGUCAGUACGAGAAUGUGUAUUAAAAAUCUGGCAAGCAGGUGGUAUGAGAGGAUUUUAUCGUGGAAUGACAGCGUCUUACGCUGGAAUAUUAGAGACAAUUAUUCAUUUUGUGAUUUACGAGAGACUCAAACUUUUGCAUGUGAAUAACAAACAGUUGAAUUUAUCGAACCAAAAUGAUAAGAAUACCUGGAAAGACUAUGCUACGUUGAUGGCAAUAGCAGCAAUGUCAAAAACAACUGCAACAUGCAUUGCCUAUCCUCAUGAGGUUGUACGGACUCGUUUACGAGAAGAAACAAAACAAAGUAAAUACCGUGGAUUUUUUCAAACACUUUCAACUGUAGCAAAACACGAAGGAGUAAAAGCUUUAUAUCGUGGUCUCGGAACACAGAUAAUUAGACAGGUUCCGAAUAUGGCCAUUGUAAUGGGAACAUAUGAAUUUUUAAUUGAUGCAUCAUCUCGAGGAUAAAAUGAGUCAAAACUGGCUGUGAACAAUUAAAAUUUUCAUUGCAAUAUCUGCAAGUUAUCAUGGCAUUAUUUUUUAUAUAUACACUGUUCAAUCGUACUUUUUUUUUUAUCUUCACUAUAUUAGCAAAAGUAAUAGUAUGCUUGUUUGUAGUAUUUUUUUUCCUUUCUGCAACUUCUCUUAUAAUAAUAUGAGUGAGGAUGGUAACAAUGUCAGUUCAGUUAUUUAUGUGAUUUAAAAUUUAAGUUGCUUCAUAUUCUCAAGUUAUACUGCGUAAAGGUGUAUUCCCGCCACAUUUUUCUUGUCAAAAGAAAAUCAUAACUGAGACUUAAAGAACUGCUAUGUGAAAUUAUUACUAUAUCAAGAUUCUGAUGAAUUCGUAUUCUAAAAUUUGUUCAAUUAAGGUAAUACCCCCUUUCUACGGUACCAUCAAAUCGAGCAAAGGCUAUUAAAAAUAAUUUUCUAUCCUUAUAAUAUAUGUCUGGUAUUACUAUCUAAUGGUAUUAAUCUUUGUAAACGGUGUUCUGAUGGCAGAAGUCUGGCCAAUGCUCAGUUUUACAAAAUCUCAUAAUCUACCAUUUCUUCAAUCCACAUUUAGAUCUUGUUUCAGAACAAUUUCCAUCCUUUGUACGAUACAUGCUCUUUACCUUCUAACAUAUUUUUAUAUAAAAAGGUGUUCCAUAUAUGAUUGUGAUUUUCUGUUGCUUUCCGUUUGUAUCAUAUUAUGUUUGUAGUAAUUAUAUUGUAUUAUUCUUAGUGCCUUUAAACUCUAGUAUGUCUCAUGUUUCAUUGUCAUUGCCAUAACAAACAAAAAUAAUUGUAUUAUACCUGUGUAGAGGAAUACACAGACACAAUUAAAAGGUAAUUUUGUGGUGAGGAAAACCUAAUUCAAUUUGUUAUAACAACGACCCUAAAAUUAGUUAUAAGCAAUUCCGCAAGAUUGUUAGCUUUGUUGUUUCUAUGCUAAAUGAAAUUUACGUUUGUGAACCUUUUUUAUCUUAUUUAUAUCCUUUAUUGGUGUGGAUUGUAUAAAUGUUAAGUUUCAGCGUGUUAUAUGUUGUUUUGUCCAUUUAUUCGUUAACAGCUUUUGUCUCCAGCCCGCCAAGCUAUUUAGCAUGGCCCUUGUCAACACUCAAUUUUUCAGCCAACAAGCAUAAAAUCUUGAUCCGACAAUUUAUGCUACAACUUCUGAUGUUAACAAAUGAAGCAAAAACUCAAAAUUUCAAGUGUCUCACUAAAAUGUCGAAUCAUUUAAAAUAUUGCAUUGUGAGAAUUUUUUAAUUAGUUGUGUACAUGGAAAAACUAAUUUUUUUGUGUGGCCUAGCUAGGUAUCUAAAGUUGGUUAUAUGGCCCACCCUUGAUCUUCUAAUGUGUACUAUGUUUCAAGUAUACUAACUGGUAACUAGAAGAGAGAAAGCAGUUGCUAUAAACAGCUUCUUUUUCCCUGGAAAUGCCAUUCUAAUUUUAAAAAUUCUACUGCCCUAUAUCAAAUUUU